AUGGAAAGUUUAAGUAUUUCUGAUAAUAUUGAAGAUUCACAACCACAUUUAAAAAUUGAGAAAUUUAUAGAUAUAUAUGAAGAUACAAAACUUUAUUUUAUGUUUUAUAUUUUUCAAAAUCCAAAUUCACCAUUGUUUAUUUGGGUAUCUGAUCAACCAAAUUUAAAUACAUUAUCAGUUUCAAUGAAAAUUCCAAUGGAAAAACUACCAGUUACAUCUGAACUAAUAGAUUCUUCAUUUGGUAUUUCAAAAGAUUCCUCAAUGUCUUUGGCUCAAAGAAUAGUAAUUAAAUUUAAAGUUCAAACAUUUUUGAGUAUAAAUAUUUCUCAAGAGCUUCCCGAAAUGACCCAUUAUAUUGAAAAGAAAAUUUUUGAACUUUUGAGCCAAUAUAUUCCAAAAUAA